AUGUCAUUUAUGAUUGACCGACUUCUUGCUCCAUCAGCAUGUUCAUCUUCGAUCACUUCUACAAUCAAUAUUACUCGAUCAGCUCUUCAGUCAUUGACAAACACUUGCAUUUCUACAAGUCAACAAAAACAACGGCGAAUGUGGCAAUGUGACAUCUGUUCGAAAGCUUUCGAUCGUCCAUCGCUAUUAACUCGACAUAUUCGUACACAUACAGGUGAAAAACCACAUGAAUGUGAUAUUUGUACAAAAGCAUUUUCGACUUCAUCCUCACUCAAUACUCAUCGUCGCAUUCAUUCAGGUGAAAAGCCUCAUGUCUGUGAGAUAUGUAACAAACGAUUCACUGCUUCAUCGAAUCUUUAUUAUCAUAAGUUGACGCACAGCAAAGAAAAACCUCACAAAUGUUGUCAAUGUUCGAAAAGUUUUGCAACUCCAGGUGAUCUUCGAUGUCAUUUACAUGUUCACAAUGGCACAUGGCCAUUCCGAUGUUCGAUCUGUACUCGUGGCUUUUCCAAACAAACCAACCUGAGAAAUCAUCUUCUUAUUCAUAGUGGUGAAAAGCCAUUCGAAUGUGUUCAUUGUACGAAGAGAUUCUCAUUGUCAUGCAAUCUUCGAUCACAUGUUCGCACUCAUCACAACGAUGUACCAUUGGACUUUUCUUCAUCUUCGUUUCAAUCAGAAAAUCAGUCGUUAUCUCAUGUAGAUGGCGAUGAGAGUGUUGAUGAAGAUGAAGAUAUGAUCGACGUGGAAAACGAAGACUGA